GCAGAGCCGGUAUGAUAAUCGUGCCUGGCAUGUCUAGUCUUGUUAGAUUUGUGGUCGUUGGUCACUCUCUUCUCCUUAACUCGUCGCCAAUGGAAAUAUAAUCAACAUGGCGUCGCUCAUUGACAACUAUGAACAACAAUACGCCGUUUUGACAGCUGACAUUACAGCAAAAAUCGGUAGAAUAAGAACACAAAGUGGCAAUGAAAAAAGAGCGUUUAUUCAAGAUGUGGAUAGGCAGAUUGAAGAAGCUCAAGAGCUGCUGGAGCAAAUUGAACUGGAGGUUCGUGGGGUGAACAGCGUGGCUCGUGACCGCUUACGAGGUCGAGUGGAAAGUCACAGAGCAGAAUUGAAACGAUUGACUCAGGAAUUCCAGUUAGCUAAGAAGCCAAAGGAUGAAAGUCUGGAAAUAAGUAGAGAAGAUUCAUGGGAAAACAAUAUUACAGAAGAUCAGAAGAAGAGAUUGUUAGAUACUUCAGAAAGAAUAGACCAUACUGGAAGAACCUUACAAAAUGGUUAUAGAAUGGUAUUAGAAACAGAAGAAAUUGGUUCACAGGUGUUGAAAGAACUCCAUGAUCAAAGAGAAACGAUCCAAAGAGGAAGGGGAAGAUUAAGAGACACUGAUGCAGAGCUGGGACGUGGUUCUCGAUUAUUAUCGGGAAUGAUUUUAAGAAGCCUUCAGCAAAAAAUUAUUUUAGCAGCAGUUGCAUUAACACUUGUAAUCGUCGCAUGUCUCGUGGUAUACUAUAGCUUUAAAUCUUAAAGCUAUAUAGGAUGAUUAAUUAAGUGAAAGCUGUAUUCCUUAACCAAUGAGUUUUAAACGUUAUCAUUAUUGAAUAUUACAUUCGUUAGCGGAUUAUUUUCAUCCGUUUGGAGCCUUUGGUAUAAUAAUUGUGUAUACCUUCUGCACUCCUGAAUUUUUAAAAGAAUCACAUUUACGAUCUCCGAAGUUGUCCAGUUUAUAAUCUAUUUAUUGUUGUAAAUGUCAAGUUUAUUUUACAUAACACACACGUGCCCGAUUGCAUUUUACGAAAAAAACAAAAAGAAAAGAAAAAAAAAUGAACGAUAUAUACCCGUUUUUGAAUAGCCUACUUUGUACUAAAUCGUAAUUCACUGGUCGAUUAAUUAUUGUUAUUCAUAAAAAUAUACAUCUAUGAUAUACUGUUAGGUAAUCGUAUACGAACGAUAGAUAAUCUGUAUCAAAAUACAAGGAUGAGGGAGGCGAAGAAGAAAAAGAAGACUGUAAAUACAAGUAUCGAAGGAUGAUUAUACUGAAGAGAAAGUCAGACGCGCCUAAUAAUAAUUCAUUUUAUUAUAAUGUUAUCAAUUACCUUAAUAGCCUAAACGGUGCUUUCUUUAUCUUGCGUUGCUAUGUAAUUGUGAAAAUGAUAGAAUAAUAAAAGUGUCGCGGGAUUACGAGUA